AUGACAGCGCUGACUCUAUACGCGAUCCUGAUCGCGCUUUGCCAAGUGCAGGGGCAACUGACGGUCUACUUGACCGACGCCCCGGUACAGAGGAUCGGGCCCAGGUUGUACAAGAAGGAGCUGCUGACGAGCCAGUACCGUGACCCGAUAGAGCUGGCUUACGACUCGGCGACCAGGAAUCUCUUCUUCAUGUACAUGGACGAGGCCCUGCAGAACUCGGGCCGGGCGUACGUCAACGUGGUGACGAAGCGAAGCGCGAAAGUGGACGGGAUCAGGGAGAACAAAGCGACAGCCGUAGACCCGGAAGCGGGCGUGGUCUACUUCGGUUCGCGCGACGGCCUCUACGUGUACGACCCGGUGGAGAACCGCGCGCGGAACGUCGGCCUGUACAACGUGGACGUGUUCAAGCUGGUGGUGAGGGACAACAGGAUGUAUCUGAUAGACGCGAACGACCACAUGAUCUACAAGGUCAGUGGCGCGAACGCAGUGCGGCUGGGAAAAGCGAAGACCGUGAUCGACUUCGAGAUAGACGGUAAGGGGAACGUGCACUUCGCGACCAUCUGCGGCGUCUACUGCGCGGUCGGCGGCGAUGAGAUCGUGAAGAAUUCGGAUCUAAGCGUCUCUUACAUCUUCAUCGUGGACGGAGAAAGGACCUACUCAAUCGCUGAGGGCGCCCUCUACGAGCUGGACUGCGCCAAGGGGGCAGCUGCCAAGAUCGCCGAUCUGGACUUCAGCCCUCGCAGCUUGGUCUUCGGCGACUACGGCGACAUAUAUUACUCCGAGGGCGACAACAUAUACAGGCUUAAGCCGAUCACGUCUUAUGUCAUGUACAAAUUGCACAAGAAAAAGAGAGUA